ACUGAGCUUAAAGACAUUCCUGAUACAGCAGUUGACACUCAAGUGAAAACGUUUGGAUUCGGGGCCCCUAUGCAGUUUCAUACCUUCGGUAAGGCUUCGUCGUCUUUUCGCACCACGCGGAUCUUAAUGACAAAUUGCUUUGCUAGGUUUCUUUGACAAGACUAGUGCAGCUGCAUCUAGCUCUUCAGCGACUCUAUUCGACCGUGUGGUCAAUGGAGAUACAAUGCUGUUAUUAGCGCUGCGUCACUACGAUCCACAAUGCGCCAUCGUGCUAAUCAAGCAAGGAGCCUCUCUAAACGUAUUGAAUUCGUUUAAUGAGAACCCAUUGCAAGUCAUUUUUGAUGCGAUGGCUUUCUUUCGACUUCAUCCAAGUGAUGAAACGCAAGAUCUGAGCAAAGGAGACAGCCGACUUGUACAGCAACGUGCUGAAUACGAAGACUUGUUUUCUCUUCUCCAGGACGAACUUGGAGCAUUCUACGAUAAGCAAAAAGCAGAAGUUGAACGAGAGUUGCAAGAACUCUACCAACAUAUCGCUCCUGACCGGCUGUCUAAGAUUCCAGACCAACUCGAGGCUUACAAAUACCGUGAGAAGCUGUUGCUCGAAUGUGUUAAGAAAAAAUAUACCUUAUAAACGUCG